GUGAAGAUGAUUUUCGUGCUGCAAAUUAUGUCCUUUACUCUGGCCUUUGUGUCAACAUUUUUCUUGAUUGUGGCAACCUGGACAGAUUGUUGGAUGGUGAACGCUGAUGAUAGUUUGGAGGUCAGUCAGAAAUGCAGGGGUUUGUGGUGGGAAUGCGUCACAAACUCCAUGGAUGGGAUCAGGACAUGUGAUCAAUAUGACUCCAUAUUAGCAGAACAUCCACUUAAGAUAGUGCUCACUCGAGCACUAAUGAUUACAGCAGACAUUCUGGCAGGCUUUGCACUUAUUAUAUUACUUUUUGGAUUGGACUGUGUGAAGAUUCUAAGAGAAGAACCUCAGAUCAAAUUAAGAAUCUGUUACAUGGCAGGCUUCAUUUUUGGAAUAGGAGGAAUCCCAGGUAUGAUCGGUUCCGUGUGGUACGCCGUGGAUGUGUACGUGGAAAGAGCGACACUGGUACUGCAGAAUGUGUUUUUAGGAAUUCAGUAUGAAUUUGGUUGGUCUUGCUGGCUGGGAAUGGCUGGGUCGACAGGCUGCUUCCUGGCUUCUAUCAUGUUAACCUGUUGCCUUUAUCUUUUCAGAGAUUUGAGAACUGCACGAUACAACCUCUCCUUCUAUCAAUAUGGAAGAACAGCCACUGGCAAAAUGUACGCCAUGGACUCACGAGUCUAG